AUGUAUGAUGACGAAGUAGUACCAGAAUCGCCAAUUCGUGAUGAUAAUCUGGGUGUUCCAUCACCACCGAGGGAUUCUCCAAUCAAGUCGAAUGUCGAGGUGACUGGAGGUCUUGAUGGCUCUGUGAAGACAUCUCUUGUGGACACAACCAUUAAUCAAGGUGAUAAUCCAAAAGUAUCUACUCCUAAGAAGACUUUUGUUACACCACCCAGAGUUUCGAAUGUCGAAUCAGUUACUAAGGAGGUUCGAACAUCAGGCAUCCUUGCAAACAUAUCUCAUAUGGAUGCAAAUGUCAACAUGGGUCAAGGAGUAUCGAACAAAGAAGCCCAAGGCCCCAAAACAGUUCAUGACGAUGACACUACUGAAGAUGGUGAAUUUGUGGGGGGUAAACAUCAUGUGCCUGACAUAGAAGUCGAUGUUAUGCUUAAGGCUCAAGAGCAUCGGUUGCGAAACGAGUUGGAGAUAUUGGAUCGGAACAAUGAGAAUCGUGUCAAAGCUCAAUCUUUGACUCUCAAUCAUGAGCUUAAAGAGUUGAAAUAUGGGGCACGGUAA